UUAGCUUUUCUCACAUGGAGUCGACUGCAAAGAAACGAAUUUUAAACUUUAAUGUUGGCGUCUUGGGACAUGUCGAUAGUGGGAAGACGUCUUUGUGUAAAGCUCUAAGUACAGUAGCAUCAACAGCUUCAUUUGAUAAGAAUCCACAGAGUAAAUCGCGUGGAAUUACUUUGGAUCUUGGUUUCUCAUCUUUUCCUGCAUCGUUACCUGAACAUUUGAAAUCUGAACCUUAUGAUGUUUUGCAGUUUACUUUGGUCGAUUGCCCUGGACACGCGUCCCUCAUUAAAACCAUUAUUGGUGGUGCCCAAAUCAUUGAUCUCAUGAUUUUAGUAGUUGACAUAAACAAAGGCAUGCAAACACAAACAGCUGAAUGUUUGAUAAUUGGUCAGAUUACAUGUGAUAAAAUGAUUGUUGUUCUCAAUAAAAUUGAUCUUUCACCAACAGAGAAGAGACAAUAUCAAAUUGAAAAGAUGAAGAAAAGAUUUGGAAAAACUCUGGAAAACACAAAGUUUGCUGGUUCUUCCAUAAUUGCCAUUGCUGCAAAACCAGACAAUGAUGUGAAUGAUAGCUCUUGCUCAAUAGGCAUAAAUGAAAUGUAUGAAAUGCUCUCUUCGCAAGCAUUUGUCCCUCAGCGUAAUAACAGUGGUCCUUUUUUGUUUGCUGUUGAUCAUUGUUUCUUGGUACGAGGACAAGGUACUGUCAUGACUGGUACUGUCUUGAAAGGUACUGUAUCUCUUAAUGAUAACAUUGAAAUACCAUCCAUGAAAGUUGUGAAAAAGGUGAAAUCAAUGCAGAUGUUUCGACAGCCUGUAUCAAAAGCAUCGCAAGGGGAUCGAGCAGGAUUAUGUGUGACACAAUUUGAUCCUAAAUUAUUAGAACGAGGUUUGGUAUGUCAACCAUCAAGUGUUCCCACAAUAUUUGCUGGAAUAGUUAGAGUGCAAAAAAUAUCUUAUUAUAAAGGUGAAAUAGCUUCAAAAGUAAAAUUUCAUGUCACUAUUGGACAUGAAACAGUGAUGGGAAGUGCACAGUUCUUUGGCCUUCCUGCAUAUGCAGAGCUUCCUUCAGAUCCACAAAUGUUUGACUUUUCCCAAGAGUACAUCUUUCAAGAGCAUUUAUGUGGUGAAGAGACUGCUGAUGAAGAUUCUUUAUUCAACCCUAAAUAUCAGUAUGCUAUGCUAGAGUUGGAAAAGCCUGUCAAUUGUCCUGAUGAAAGUCUUUUUAUUGCUUCUUGCCUUGAUAGUGAUAUAAAUCUCAAUAAUUGUAGGUUAGCUUUUCAUGGAAAGUUUUUGAGCAUGUUUACGGAUAAAAAUUAUGCUGCCGUAAAUCUUCCCAACCUGAAAAUAUUUAAGACGAAGAAAAAAGUGGGAGAAGUUGAACGUGUUAUUGAUAAUUUUUGUUUGGUUGGCAGAGGGCUCUUUAAGAAGGAAACAAACAUUGCAUUAUUUUCAAAUCUGAAGAUUCAUCUCUCUACUAGUGAAACAGGAUUUAUUGAAGGAGGGUUUGGGCAGAGUGGCAAGUUUAAAGUAUACAUUCCUAAUGGUCUUUUACCAGAAACCUUGGCACUUAUUGGCCAUCGAAGUAAAAGAAAAGGAAAAGUCGGACGUGUUGAUGAAUAUGUGGAAAAGGGAGUCGUUGUAAAAAUCAUCCUCGAUUUUAAACGAUAUAUAUUUGAUCCUGAGAAAAAAAUGAUACAGUCAUGAAUGGCAAUAUGAUGUAAACAGGUCAAUGUACGAGGAAACUCCAGUCAAAAUGGUCAAACACAAUAUUUCGCUGGAAUCGCUGCAGCAAUAUUUGAUAUAUAUAUCUACAUAAAGUAACGCUUACCGCUUUCAUUUCAAUAACAUUUGGUGGGCUCAUGUUUCCAAGAAUCAAGCAAGAAAAAUGAAAGAACGCCAAUUGAAAUAAUUUUAAUAUUAUUAGAGUUAAUUUUUGUCUUUUUUCUCCUAAGAGGAGAAUGUUUAUUUUGCCCAUGGAUACCUUUUCGCUUAUCGGAGGCUUAGGAAGUCUUGCGGUAGCAGGAUUUUGUUAUUCUACAUACAUAAAUUCAAAGGAUGAGGCUUUGUACUUAACGGUAUGUUAGUUGUUUGUCAACAGUGCUUGUGCUUGAUGACUAGAUUAUGUUUUACUUUUUGUUGUAUGUGUUUUGAUUUGUUGUUGAUAAAGAAUAAACUGAAAAA